GCACCCCUUUAUGACACGAUCGGGUUUUAAACGCUGUCAUUUGUAUCGCGGACUCUGGGGUGUUUCUAUGGCCUCCUUUAUUAUAUGACGUCCUUUUUUCGGAAGCCUAAGUUGUAAAAAUCAAACAUAAGGAUGAAGUUUCUUAUAUCUGUGUACGUUCUUCUUCUGGGAUGUGCUCUUGGCACUGUCUUUUCAAAGGACAUCGGUGAUUUUGGAGAGAGACGUGAAAAGCGAGCACCUGUUUCGCCCACACCAAAAACUAUAUACAAAACUCUUCCACCCAAAGUAGACGAUAGCUGGAAACGAAUACACCUAACACCGCUUGAGAUCGCAACUAUUAUUGCAUUAUGCUUAUUAGUUGUUGGGGCAUUCUUAUAUUGCAUUUACAAAUAUUGUGUGUAUUGCUGGCGAAAUAAUAAACCCAAAAAUACAACCCGAGUGCGCGAGGCCGACGAAAGAAUAGCUAGUCCUCGUUCACUGGAAGAAGUAAAACGCCAUCACAGAGGCUGGGACGACCGUCGAGGAAGUUCCACGUCAUCCGCUGGAUGGAAUGACAGACAUGACAGGAGAGGAAGUUUACUUCCGGUGGGAUUGUGGGACGAGAGGCGCGGGAGCACAUCGUCUGUUGGAAUCGGAAGUAAAGAUAGCAGCCGUUCCGGAAGUACAGUGGGACUGUUUGAAACGGGAGGAAAUAACAGAUGGGCUUUUGCUUAGUUCUGAAUAAUUUUUGUUGUUUUUGUUGUGUUUGGUGUUUUGUUAAAUUGUAAAAGGAGUUUUCAAAGAAGUUAAUGUAGCUAACAAUUUUUCAAAAGAGUAUUUUUGAUCGUAUGAAUUAAUAUCCACAACAAAACAUGAGUAAUCAUUUUGUAAGUGCUUAUUUGAACGAAAAAGAGAUGCAUACUUUUAAAUGUACACUAAAAGCAGAAAUUUUAAAGUGUAAUUGAAGUAUUUCAGUCAAAUA